AUGUCCCUCAGAAGAGGGCAGACAGUUUGCCGGGGUGGAACGCAGCGGCCGUGCUAUAAAAUAGUUUACUUCCAUGAUGUUUCACGCAGGAUCAGCUAUGAAGAAGCACACCUCGCCUGCAGAGCUGAUGGCGGCCACCUAGUCAGUAUUGAAACAGCAGCAGAACAAAAACUGAUAGAGAAAUUUAUAGAAAGUCUCCUGGCUUCUGAUGGAGACUUUUGGAUAGGGCUUAGGAGGAAAAAGCAUGAUGUAGACAAUAGCACGGAGUGUCAGGACCUCUACUCCUGGUCAGAUGGCAGCUCGUCCAAGUUCAGGAACUGGUAUGUAGAUGAGCCGUCCUGUGGGAGUGAAGUCUGUGUUGUGAUGUACCACCAGCCAUCUGCCCCACCAGGUGUUGGAGGCCCUUAUAUGUUUCAGUGGAAUGAUGACAGAUGCAACAUGAAAAACAACUUCAUUUGCAAAUAUUCUCUUGGUAAUGAGCCAUUCCCAAUCUUUAAAAUCCAGCCUGCUCCCUAUAUUGCAACAGAGCCAGUGAAGCCAGUGUUGCCAGAAGAACACCAUAAGAAAUAUGCUAAUGGAACACUUAAAGAAGCCCAAGAGCCUGUUCUGAGUCUUGCCUACAUCCUUAUUCCCAGCAUUCCUGUGCUGCUGCUACUGAUGGUCGUUACAGCCAUCUUCUGUUUUUGGCUUUUUGCAAAGAGGAAACGGGAGCCAAUAGAUACGAGCCCAAAGGAUGAAGAUGCCUGGCUCUCUACCCACAGGAGGAACAGUCCGAAUUUGGAGGUUUACAAAAUAAUUAAGAAGCAAUCAGAAGCGGAUCUGACUGGAACCAGGCCUGACAUUAAGAACUCAUCAUUUCGCACACGAGAACAUAAGAUGCUUGACAAUCUCUCUGGGGAUUAUGAUGAUGUGGCAAUGAAUACACCAAGUGGCUUUGUGACCAAUGAUAUCUAUGAAUUGUGUGGAGAUCACGUGGGAAGGAGCAAGGAAUCAGCUUGGGUGGAGAAUGAGAUAUAUGGAUGUUAAGGAAAUGGACAAGGAAAGUCUGGAAGGUGGAUCCCAAAGUGAAUAUCAAUGCAAGUUUAGCCUGCCUACCUGUGCACUUGUUUUAAUGACUAUGUGUGAUAUUGUAUCCUGAUUUUGCAUCAUCCCUGUAUUCUUU